AUGCAUUCUCAAAUAUUUAUGUAUGGUUUAUGGACUACUAAUGCUAAGUACAGAGAGGACUUCACAACAACAGGAGCUAUGCAAUUUGAGAUUAAGAUAUAUGAAGGAGCAGAGUAUGUCUUAGUAGAACCAGAAAACAAUGUUAUCAGCUAUAAAAACCUACAGGACUUCAAGAUUAAUAUAAAAGCUAGUUGUAGUUUCCUGUCAGUCAGCUGGCCAGACAGUUACAAGACUUUGUUUGUGGGCAGAACUCUGAGCAUAACUGUCACCCCUGAAAGUCCUUACGUUGACAAUAUUACACACUACAAUUACCUGGUUUCUUCUAAGGGAAAAGUUGUCCACUUUGGAAUAGAGAAGAAACUCCCAGGUUUAUCCUCCCAACUCUUGAACCUUCCCCUGUCUCAGCACAUGGCUCCUACAGCCUGUCUCCUGGUCUACUACUUUGUCACAGGAAUUCAGACAACAGAUUUAGUGUCUGACUCAGUCUGCCUAAAGAGUCAAGAAAAAUGUGGCAAUCAGCUUCAGAUACAUCUGUCUCCAAAUAAAGAUGCAUAUUCACCAGAUGAAGACCUUUCUCUUACUGUUGAAACUCAGUCAGAAUCAUGGGUAGUGGAUGUUGCUUAA